CAACGAGAUCUAACGUUUCCACUGUAAACAACAUGGCUACCGUUCAUCAGUGGGAUUCCGCGCUCAUCUUCCCUCUUCUCGCGGAGUCCGGACCUGAAGGAAUCAUGUAAUCUCUUCAUUUCAACCUUUGUGUCGAAAACUUAAAAUAGCCAUCGUUGUUUUUUAACUGAUAGAUUGAUAUUCGUAUUCUGUUACAAUACAAUAUUGUUUUUAGAUCAAAUCACGGCCUGCUAGCUACAUGUACUAUGUAGUUGUAGUGUAGCCCUCGACACAAAACUACAAUAACGUUACGUUACGCUUGUUGAACUAUGAUAUUAGGUUAACUCUAAAAAUUUACUUUGUGUAUACAAGUUUAACUGUCUAGACCGUGAACGAGUUAAAUCAUGGGUCUGGCAAAUUCUAGUGUCGAUAUGAUAUAGAUGUGUAUCUGUAAAUAUUGGGCCAUGUGCAAAAUUUAUGACACGGUCGAUGACUAAAACUGGACGUCGCCCAAAGAUAAGUGGCGAAUUUCUAUAAGAAAUAUUAGUGGUGACGUGAACAAGGUGCUGAGCGAAAAUCCACAAUAUUUAUGAUAUUGCCAAGCCAUAAACGGUAUCGUCAGAAGGAUUUAUAAUCCCCUUUAAUGUCAACAGAUCCGGUUCUUAUUCGUGUAUCGCCGGUCUACACCUGUGUACGGAUAGGCCUAUGUAAACAGGUCUUUGCAUACAUAGUUGGAUAAGGAAGAUCCUCAACUGACUUAUGUUUAUAACUGGAUUUGACCGCAGUCAGUUUUGGUCUGACCAUGCCAAUUGAAGUUGUUAAUACUGUGUUGGUGGUACCUUAAGUGUUGUCACAGACAAACAUGUUGCGAGGACCAAGGGAUUUUUCUAGUCUAGAUUUGAAGAAGUUUGGAGGUCACAAAGAUGAGGUGAACAGCGUAGCCUUCUCCUUGGACUUCCAGAUAAUGCUAACAGGAUGUGACGAUCAGAGAGUGCGAUUAUUUAAUGCUAAAACAGGAUGCAUGGUGUGCAAGGUCAAAGGUCAUACAGGUGCUAUAAAGAGUGUGGCCAUCAGUCCGGACAGUAAGACAUUUGCCAGUGGGUCCUACGACAAGACUGUCCGACUGUGGAGGACCAGGGAUGCAGAGCUACUACAAGUACUAUUUGGUCAUACGAAGAGCGUAGAGGUAGUAGUGUUCUCGCCAGACUCCAGCCGGAUCGCCUCCGGAUCGUGGGACAGGAGUGCUAUACUCUGGGAUGUAGAGAAAGGUUUUCCAGUUAGAAUAUUUUCUGGACAUGACAGCUUAGUGCAAUCCAUUGCAUUCUCACAGAAUGGCAAGUGGCUGGCAACAGGAUCUUGGGAUUUCACCGUUCGAGUGUGGACACUGACCGAUGAGGAUGGUACAGCAGAUGUCAAGGUCAUGAAGGGGCACCAUGGUAACGUACAUGCUGUGGCCUUCUCCAAGGAUGGGAUGCUGGCGUCAGGUUCCUGGGACAAGACAGUACGCAUGUGGAACCCCCAAAAUGGUAAAGAUAUCCACGUGUGUGAGGGACAUAAUGGAUGGGUCCAAGCUAUUGCCUUCUCUAAUGAUGGUCUGUAUGUAGCCAGUGCCAGCGACGAUGAUACCGUUCGUGUCUGGGAUGUUUACAGUGGCAAGUGUAUUAAAACACUAGAGGGCCAGACGGAUGUUGCACAACAGUGUGCGUUCACACCAGGGGGAGCCCUGGUAGCUGCUGGUGCUGCGUCAGUAACAUUGUCGCUGACAUGAUACAAACUUGUCUUUCUUAUUAUUCCAUUUUUCUAGUUCAGUGCCUGAGAAAUUGGAUAUAUUUAUUUAAUGUUAUUGAAUAUACAAACGUACCAGCAUUUCAUUGUUCCCCCGAGUCCAGCUUUUAUGAAACAACUGCACAUUAUAGUAAUAUUAUGAUGAUCACAAUUACCAGUGAUUUUUCUACAAUAGUUUCUACUGUUCAGUAAUUAUCAUAUUGAUUGGGAAUAAGGCUGAGAUUCUUUUUAAUCAUUUGUAAAUCUAAUAUGUAAAAAUGCUAAACUUAAAGAAAUGAAGCAAAAUGGUUGAAAGUCAAGGAAUUAAUUUAAGCUUUUUGCUACAAGUUUAUGACAACAUGACAGUGUUCACACAUGUAUGACACUUACAAAUGUUAGUUACAAAGAAGUAAGAGCUUCAAUGUUAUUACAAUGCAUAUUUAAUAGCAACAGUAGCUUGUGGUUACUGCAUACAAGUGGGAGAGUUUAGUGUCUGUAGGCUCAUAGCAAUGAUUUAAAAAUUAGGUAUUAUGCAACUUUUUUAAUUAUGAUGGAAGCUGAUGUAAAAGGUCUUGUCAUGCAUGUGUGCCAAAAUUAUUAUUUGGCAUUUUUAUAUGGAGGUGAUGAUCAGUCUUUGUAUAAACACGGAGCAUAAAGUAUGUGGAUGGCCUAUACCUGUCUCAGAAGAUGUUACCGAUACAUCUCUGGAGUCUUAAUUGUUCAUCGAUUCACCACUAUUUAGGUUGUUCAAUUAUCCAUAAAGAGUGUUUUAUGGGACAUCUUGGCAGUUUUUUAUCCGCCAUCUUACAAUUCAGUUAUUUAUGCUUAGAACAAUAGGGGGUGGAGUAUCAAGACACCACUUUAAAUAAAACAUAAGACGUUUUAGCCAUGGUUAUAUACAUACAUACAGAAGGACUAUCUGGCUGUGUAAUAAUAGUAUACAUUGAUGCCAAAUUGCAGAUACAGGCGUGCAAGCCUUGUUUCAGAAAUUUAAAAGGGCUGAAAACAGUGCCAAUAAUUACAGAAUUUUCAGAUAGUAGAAUAUUUUUGAUACUGUUUGAAACUUAAUUAUUAUACAAUUUGUGCUAAUUUCUUAUAAGAAAGAACUUAAUAAAAAGUGUACUUCAACGUAAUUUCAUGUUUCGAAGGUGUUAUGAAUUGUACAUUUUUUAAUUGAACUAAGUAUUAAAAUGCAUUUAUAGUUAACCUAAAAUGUUAAGUAUUGCAUGGGUCCUUAUAUUACUGUUUUUGUUUUAUAAGGUGAGAGGGCAUGUGAUUCAAGUAAAGAAUAAAAUAUAUUAUAUUGAGGUUCCUAGUUCUGCAUGUAUACGAAUUCCAUUAGGAGGAAAUAUUUUAGAAAGAAUGAUUGAGAUAUGCGGUAUUAUAAAGUUUAAAAUAUGUUUAUGAUGUUACAGUGGUUUCACGAGUGGGUUAAGGGGUUUGACGUUUGUUUUAUAGAAUAUAUCUGUUCAUAUAUUUUACUGUUGAUUUGUCUGGUUAUUCUUCCUUGACAUUGGCGCUGUGUAGUACAUGACUUGACUUCUUAAUCCCCCCAGGAAUUUUUUAACAAAGAUAAUAUAAAUCUGCCAUUUGCUUCAGUAUUGCUGUCUCCUUUAAAUUAUUACUUCAAUAUUUUGGUAACAAUUCCAAGAUAUCU